AUCAUGUGACAAGUUAUUGACUUUGUUGUUGCCCAUUCUUAUAAUUUCAGGGUCAGAAAAUUGCCCUUAAAAACAACUCUUCCAAGCUUCCAUUUUGCUGCUUCCAUGGAGUUCUUCCUGUUUUUGCUUCUGCUUUUGUGCUUUUUCAUGGGCACUGAUGCGGCAGUUUUCACUUUGGAGAACAAAUGUAGUGACAUAAUAUGGCCAGGAAUCCAACCAGGAGCUGGGAAGCCUCAGCUCAUGAGCGGCGGAUUUCAGCUUAAGCCUGGCGAGAUCGUAACGAUCAAGGCGCCUGCUGGAUGGUCUGGCCGAUUCUGGGGUCGUCGUGGAUGUUCCUUCGAUGUCUCCGGCAAUGGAAGGUGCGAAACGGGCGACUGCGGUGGCGUGCUUAAAUGUUCAGGCUCAGGAGGUGCCCCGCCUGCUACACUUGCAGAGUUCACCUUAGACAGUCCUUUGGAUUUCUAUGAUGUUAGCCUUGUUGAUGGCUAUAACAUGCCGAUUUCAAUAUCCCCAUAUGGUGGCUCUGGGAAUUGUCAAAUGGUGAAAUGCCUGUCGGACUUGAAUCGACAAUGCCCCCGUGGUUUGGAGAUGAAGAAGAACGGUACGGUUGUUGCUUGUCGGAGUGCAUGCUUGGCUUUCGACAAGCCAGAGUAUUGCUGCACUGGUGCAUACGGCAGCCCGCAGACGUGCAAACCGACGGUUUACUCGAAAGCGUUCAAGUUAGCUUGUCCGAUGGCUUAUAGCUAUGCAUAUGAUGAUCCAACAAGCACAUAUACAUGCCAGAAAGCAAAUUAUUCAAUUAGAUAUUGCUGAAUGAAUGAUCUUUUACAUUGAACUUGUAACUUACAAUAGAUUCUAUGACAGACAAUCUCCUUAAAUCCUAUAACUUUUAAAUAGAGUACACAAUGUUGUGUUCUUC